CACAUAAUAGUCACAUACGUUUGCUAUAAAUAGGAACACCCUUAGCUCACUUCUACUCAAAAUAUUGAGGUUUUCAACUUUUUAAUUUCAACUAUAGCUCUAGGCUCUAGCUUCAAAUCAUCAGCCAUAUAUGGCCAUCUCAAAGGCUUUAAUUGCUUCUGUUCUCAUUUCUCUUCUGGUUAUCCAUCUUGUUGAAGCUGAUCAGAUGGUGAACGCAGAUGCAACAAAAGGUUCUCCCAGUAAAAAAAUAGAUUGUGGAGCAGCAUGUAGUGCGAGGUGUCAAUUAGCGUCUAGGCAGAAAAUGUGCAAGAGGGCAUGUGGGACUUGCUGUGCUCGUUGUAGCUGUGUUCCUCCAGGCACUUCUGGGAACCGUGAUGUAUGCCCCUGCUACGCCACCAUGACCACCCAUGGCGGCAGGCUCAAGUGCCCUUGAAAAUAAUAUAUAUCAGUAUAUAUAUAUCAGCCUUGCUUGGUUGUGUUGGUAUUAUAAGAGAAGAAUAUGGAUGAGUACGUUUGUCUUUGAAAAUAAAGGUGUGUACUAAAUAGAUGCAUAUAUCACUUUGUAUAUGUUAAAGCUGUAAAAGAAAGUUUGUAAUUGAGUUGAGUAACAAUCAUAGUUGUUAUUUAACUUAUUUGUUAUUAAUUAAUUAAUAUCUGAAUUGUCCUC